CUCUCUCUCGCAACAAAGUAGUAAAGAUAUAAGGAGGUGGGUAUAUUUAUACACAUACAUAUAUUACCAAAAAUCCUAGGAAGAAAUUGAAAAGAUUAGUGGAGGAGGGGGGAUCAGAAAGAGAAAGAUGAAAAUUCAGUGUGAUGUGUGUGAGAAAGCUCCGGCAACAGUUAUUUGCUGCGCAGACGAGGCCGCCCUGUGUGCAAAAUGCGACGUUGAAGUUCAUGCCGCGAAUAAGCUCGCAAGUAAGCACCAGAGGCUUCUCCUCCAAUGCCUCUCCAACAAGCUCCCGAGAUGUGACAUCUGCCAGGAUAAGGCAGCAUUCAUUUUCUGCGUGGAAGACAGAGCCCUCUUUUGUCAGGAUUGUGAUGAACCAAUUCAUUCAGCUGGUAGCCUUUCAGCAAACCAUCAGCGGUUCCUGGCCACUGGAAUUCGUGUGGCUUUGAGCUCCAGUUGUAACAAGGACACUGAUAAGAGCUGCUUGGAGCCACCAAAUCAGAAUAAGCCACAGAUUCCAAUGAAAAUGCCCACACGGCAAGCUUCUACUGCCACAUCUCCUUGGGCUGUAGAUGAGUUUCUACAUUUUUCUGAUCUUGAAUCCUCUGAUAAGAAAGAGCCACUUGAGUUGGGAGAAUUUGAAUGGUUAGCAGACAUGGGCCUCUUUGGUGAGCAAUUUCCUCAGGAGGCUUUAGCAGCAGCUGAAGUUCCUCAGCUUCCAAUGUCACAGCCAAGCAACUUCAACUCAUACAGACCCACUAAAUCCAGCAUGCCCUACAAGAAGCCUAGAAUCGGAUUUGCAGCUGAUGAUGAUGAUGAGCAUUUCACUGUUCCUGAUCUUGGAUGAAGGUCUUGGGUUUGGAGUUGGGAUGGUGAUCAAUUCAUGUUGAUGAAUUAUGUAAGCAUCCAUCCUUACAUGAAUACAUCCUUCUAUGUAUUCAUGUAUUCAUGUGUGUUUAUGUAUAAUUUGCAAUGAUUUUGGAACGCUUUUUAGCAGUUGAAAUGGUCGUGAUAUAGUUCAAAGGUUUUAGUUUAGGGGGAUUUGUGUCUCUACUCUAAUAUGUACUUUCUGUUUUACUUUUUGUCUCUAUUUAAAUCUCAAGACCUUCCAAAUAAACUGCUUUAACU